AUAAUGUGUUUAUUGAAUCUUUAUGUGGUUUUAUUCUGUAUAUCUCAUAUUCGAUCAUAGCCAUAAAAGAUCAACUCGUUUGUUCACCAAAUCCUUCAGCAAGACUUUAAUAUAUCGAGGCAAAGCUGCUUUUUCCAUCUUCAAAAUCUAUAGUUGAAAGCCACACAACCAUCAGUAAAUAUGGCACCAGAAACAAAGGCUAACACCAAGCUCCCUAUUGUCUUGGGUGCAAUGACAUUUGGAAAGCCCGGUAAGUCAAUUUCAACCAGAAUUGAAAGCCCACGGAACUGAUAUCUAUCAAGGCGUAAUGCAAGUCCGCGUUGGCGAUAUCAAAGAUGUCACUUCCAUGAUCGAAAUAUUCCAGUCACAUGGCCACAACGAGAUAGACACUGCCCGCGUCUACGGCCUGGGUUCCUCGGAAGAAUAUCUCGGCCAACUUCAACCUUCUUAUCCUGAUCGUGGUAUCAUCAUGGCCACCAAACUGUAUCCUUAUAACACUAAUGGGAUCAAAAUCACGCAUUCAGCUGAUGAUCUCAGACUACAUUUGGAUAAGAGUUUGAAGGCUCUAGGAGUUGAGAAAGUCGAUAUUUUCUAUUUGCAUGCUCCGGAUAGGAGUACACCUUACGAGGAGACUCUUGCCAUGUGUGAUGUUUUGCAUAAAGAGGGAAAGUUCAACAGAUUCGGAAUCAGUAAUUACACAGCGUGGGAAGUUGCACAAAUUCAAGAAUUGUGCAUUAAAAAUAACGUAAGUCUUUUCAUCAAUCAUUCGUCCUAUACAUAAAAUAACCAAAACUAACAUCAACAAAGUGGAUCCGCCCAACAGUCUACCAAGGCGUCUACAACGCCAUCCAACGCUCCAUCGAACCAGAACUUAUCCCCUGUCUCCACCACUACAACAUGUCAUUCUACGCCUUCAACCCCAUCGCAGGAGGCUACCUAACCUCGCGCUACCACCGCCAUCAAGAAUCCGUCGAAGCUAGCUCCCGCUUCGACGCAUCCCAUGUACAAGGCCAAAUCUACCGCAAAAGAUACUGGAACGACACCAUGUUUGACGCACUAGAUAUCAUCCGCGGAGCAGCAAAUAAAGAAGCGCUUACAGAGGUGGAAUGUGCCCUGAGAUGGUUGAUGCAUCAUAGUUUGUUGGAGGCGGGGAGGGGAGAUAAAAUUAUUAUUGGCGCGAGUAGUGAGGCACAUUUGAGAGAGAAUUUAGAGGAUUUGGAGAAAGUUCCUCUGGGGGAGAAGGUGGUUGAGGCUCUGGAUAGGGCGUGGGCGAAGACAAAGGCAGUGGCUGGUUCUUAUUUUCAUUAGGGGAUGUAUCUCACUAGCAGAGAACGUGAUGGGGAAGUAAUACUCCAGUAUUUUAUUGCUAAUUUUCUAUAUGAAAUAUGUUUAUCCACAAAAUCAAACCUCUAAUAUAUCUUUAUAUCAU